AUGGGGUCCUGGCUGCUUCUUUUCUCUCUUCUUAUCUUCUUUCAAGCCUCCUCAGCUCAGCCUGGUUUUCUGAGUUUGAACUGUGGGGGCCCAGUAAAUUUCACUGAUGAACUUGGACUGUGGUGGACUUCAGAUGUUAAUUUUACUUACGGAGAAGUAGCAAGCAUAUCAGUUGCCAAUGAGACACGGCAGCAAUAUACUACAGUAAGACAUUUUCCUGCAGAUUCCAGGAAGUACUGUUAUAGACUGGAUGUCACUAGUAGGACAAGAUACCUUUUAAGGGCAACCUUCUUGUAUGGUAACUUUGACAACAAUAACGUUUAUCCAAAAUUUGACAUUUCUGUUGGACCAACUCAUUGGUCUACAAUUGUCAUUUCUGAUGCUAAUACCAUAGAGUCUAUAGAGCUAAUAUUUCUGGCUUCAAGUUCUUCUAUCAGUGUAUGCCUAUCCAAUGCUACAACUGGGCAGCCAUUCAUAUCUACUCUUGAGCUCCGACAAUUCAAUGGUUCAGUUUAUUAUACAGACUUUGAAAACCAGUUUUAUCUCAGUGUGUCUGCCAGAAUCAAUUUUGGUGCAGAUAGCGAGGCUCCAAUUAGGUAUCCUGAUGAUCCAUAUGAUAGAAUCUGGCAGUCUGACUCUGUGAAGAAAGCUAAUUAUCUCGUUGAUGUUGCUGCUGGUACCAAGAAAGUAUCAACUAACCUGCCAAUUGAUGUCAAUAAUGAUGAAAGGCCUCCUGAGAGAGUGAUGCAAACAGCUGUGGUCGGCACAAAUGGAUCACUAACUUAUCGGUUGAACUUGGAUGGAUUUCCUGGUUUUGGGUGGGCUGUCACAUACUUAGCUGAAAUUGAAGAUCUAGAUCCCGACGAGUCUAGAAAAUUCAGGCUGGUGCUCCCAGGGUACCCUGAUAUGAGCAAAGCUAUUGUUAAUAUUGAAGAAAAUGCUCAAGGAAAAUAUCGUCUCUAUGCACCUGGAUAUACCAACCUAUCUCUACCCUUCGUAUUAUCUUUUAGAUUUGGAAAGACUUCUGAUUCUUCCAGGGGACCACUUGUGAAUGCUAUUGAGAUAAGCAAGUAUAUUGAGAAAAAUGAUGGUUCCCUAGAUGGAGAUGCUAUUUCUGGUGUUGUUUCAUCCCACUUGACAGCAGAUUGGGCACAAGAAGGUGGUGACCCAUGCCUGCCAGUUCCAUGGUCAUGGGUGCAGUGUAACUCCGAUGCAAGGCCAAGGAUAGUUAAGCUUUCCUUGUCUAGCAAGAAUUUGUCUGGGAAUGUUCCUUCAGACAUUACGAAGUUGACAGGUUUAGUUGAAUUAUGGCUUGAUGGAAAUUCACUGACUGGUCCAAUUCCUGAUUUAACUGGAUGCACAGACUUGGAGAUAAUUCAUUUCGAGAACAAUCAGUUGACGGGAGAGCUGCCAUCAUCCUUACUGAACCUACCAAAUUUGAGGCAACUAUAUGUGCAAAAUAAUAUGUUAUCUGGAACAAUACCAUCGGGUCUCGGUAGAAAGGUGGCUUUGAACUACUCUGGAAACAUUAAUCUUCAUGAAGGAGCCAGAAAAGGGAGGCAUAUGGAUAUUAUUAUUGGCUCAUCAGUUGGAGCUGCUGUUCUUCUGAUAACUACAAUAGUGUCUUGCUUGUUCAUGCACAAGGGAAAGAAAAGACAGCCCGACCAAGAACAACUUCGAGAUUCCCUGCCUGUGCAAAGGCUAGUUUCUUCCUCGAGUAAUGCUCCCGGUGAAGCUGCUCACUGUUUCACAUCGUUUGAAAUUGAAGAUGCUACAAAAAAGUUUGAGAAGAAAAUAGGCUCUGGAGGUUUUGGAGUGGUGUACUAUGGAAAAAUGAAAGACGGAAGGGAAAUUGCAGUGAAAGUUCUAACUAGCAAUUCCUACCAGGGAAAGCGAGAGUUUUCGAAUGAGGUGACUCUUCUGUCAAGGAUACAUCACAGAAACCUUGUACAGUUUCUUGGAUUUUGUCAAGAAGAUGGGAAGAGUAUGCUCGUUUACGAGUUCAUGCUCAAUGGAACGCUCAAGGAACAUCUUUAUGGUCCGUUAAAACGUGGAAGAAGUAUUAAUUGGAUCAAGCGCCUUGAGAUUGCUGAAGAUGCUGCAAAAGAAGCCAUAUCUAAUGAGAGCUUUGGUGUAAAUUGUCGCAAUAUAGUACAAUGGGCAAAACUACACAUUGAGAGUGGGGAUAUCCAAGGAAUCAUUGAUCCCUCGCUAUGUGAUGAAUAUGAUAUCCAGUCAAUGUGGAAGAUAGCAGAGAAAGCUUUGAUGUGUGUCCAGCCUCAUGGUCACAUGAGGCCAUCUAUUUCCGAAGUUCUCAAGGAGAUCCAAGAUGCUAUCUUAAUUGAAAGGGAGGCGACAGCAGCAAGAGAAGGUAUAUCUGAUGAAAUGUCGAGAAAUUCUGUUCAUUCUUCACUCAACUUGGGUUCUUUGGAUUUGGGUGGAACUGAGAAUUACCUGGCGCUUGAUGAUUCCAUUGCACAGCCAACCGCCAGAUAA